AUGUACCAACUGGGCGACCUCACGUGCUUCUCCCUCGAGGCGUAUCUCGAGCUGCCGUCGAGAGAGAGAGAGAGAGGAAGCACUCCUCACAUUUCCCUCCUCACACGUUUCCCUCCUCACAUUUCGCUCCUCACAUUCCCCUCCUCACAUUUCCUCCACACAUUUCCCUCCUCACAUCUCCCUCCUCACAUUUCCCUCCUCGCAUCCCCCUCCUCCCAUUCCCUCCUCACACGUUUCCCUCCUCACGCCCACAUUUCCAACACACUGACCUGCUUCCACCUCACGUUGACGGAGCUGUUUGGUGCCCUCUGUGUGUGGCUGGGGUACCUAUCCGGCCAGGCCAACAUCCCUCUGUGGGACACACGAAACCUCAUCCCUUUCGUCCUUCCCGUCUCUCUCCCUCCCCAUUCUCCACCUCUCCGCCCCCACCACGCCCCCACCACGCCCCCUCCACCAGCCACCACACUGACGGGAUUCCACCUCACAUUCACCGGCCUGUUCGGGGCGCUGUGCGUGUGGCUGGGGUACCUGUCGGGGACAGCCAACAUCCCUCUGUGGGACAUCGUGUGGUUCGGCAUGCUCGCCAACCUCUCCAUCGUCGGCAUGAACCUGUCGCUUAUGUCUAAUUCGGUCGGGUUUUACCAGAUAUCGAAGCUCGCCAUCAUCCCGGUGACCUGUCUGUGUGAGACGCUGCUGCACGCCAAGGCCUACUCAAGGGAGGUCAAGCUGUCAGUGGUCGCGGUCAUGCUGGGAGUGGGCGUGUGCACCGUCACUGACAUCUCCGUCAACGCGUUUGGGCUCGUUACUGCGACUGUGGCGGUGGUUUCUACGUCGCUCCAGCAGAUUUUCGUGGGCGAGCUGCAGAGGAAGCACAACGUGGGGUCGUUCGACCUGCUGCGCCAGACAGCGCCCAUCCAGGCCGUCACCCUCGUGAUUGUCGGCCCCUUCCUCGACUACCUCCUCACUUCCCAGAACCUUCUUGAGUUCCCCGUCACCAGCAACGCUACGUUCUUCAUCUCCCUCUCGUGCGCCUUUGCCAUCGGCUGCAACCUCUCCGUCUACCUGUGCAUCGGAAAGUUCUCGGCAACGUCCUUCCAGGUGCUGGGGCACAUGAAGACGGUGGUGGUGCUCAUCCUGGGCUGGACCGUUUUCAAGGACCCCUUCACACUAAAGAACUUCAGCGGCAUGCUCAUGGCCAUCGUGGGCAUGCUGCUGUAUAGCUGGGCUGUGGAGAAAGAGAAGGGGACGAAGGAGGGCAAGGGAGGGAAGGAGGCGUUGCCGCUGCUGCCAGUGCAGAAGGGGGAGGAGGGUGGGGGAGGAGGGAUGGGACUGGGGGAGGAGGGGAAGGGGGAUGUGGAGUAUGGGGGGGUGAUGGGCGAGAAUGGGAGGAGGCCAGGGUCGCCCACGAAAGGGGGCAGAGGGCUGUUGUAA